CGUCCCUAAACCCAGGCGCGCAUUUUGAUUGGCCGAGACAACUGCUCUUCCGUUGACGACACGGCGCUUAUUGGCGGGAUGUGCAAAACCAGCUUCAUGCACGCGCAGAAUUAAACAGAUCCCCUCAGGAGACUCGAGGGAAUAAAAAACCGUGAAUCGGCGAUGAAGAAGACUUUUCCAGGAAUAUCGAGAAGUCAAAAGUUACAGACAAGCUUUUAUUUGUGUCAGCACGUUCAUUUACGGUCCAGUGACAACAUUACUGUGCUUGGCUCAGAUUUAAUCCCUUCACACUCAUGGCAGCAUGUUUGAGAACUUCUUUCAUCAAAUUGACAAAGAGCUUGGACCCCUUAAUCCAGACUGGUUUGAGGAGUUGACUGCAAAAGCUUCCAGAGAUGAAGGACAUCCUGACGGUUUGAAAGCUGAGCGGGAGGAGGACACUGUCAAAGCACCAGAGACAUCAGCUCUGGGCAGUCAGCUGUUUUCUACACCCAAAAUAUUUAAGCAACAACACUUUCAGUCCCCUGAUUCCGUUCCUAAUGAAGAGUCACCUUAUGAAGUGACUAAUGGAGACUCAUCAGCUUUUCCCUGGGCAGAAACAAGCCCAUGUUUGUUUGGCUCAGCCAAAGACUGUCAAAGGUUUGAUAGAUCCUGUGAAAAACCUAAAGAAUGCAUUGGCCUUCUGGAUACACCAAAAAGGUCUUUGCCGCGUUCAGCAAAACGGAUAUCUGAGAGCCUUGGGGCGCAAAUCAACCCUGACUUAUCUUGGACCAGCUCCUUUAACACACCAUCAUCUUUGUCUCCCACCGUGAUAUUGCCAAAAACAGAGGAUGGUUGUCCUUCAUCAAGUGUCCUCAAAGACAAGGAAGCAAUUUUUGUGCGGAAACUGUUUCCAUCUCUCUCGAAAGUCUCUGCAAUCACUGCAGAUGAUACAACAUUGAAACAAGAUGCCAAAAGUGAGACUAUUGAUGCUGAUGACUUGGGAGAAAAUCCUGCUUGCUCUCCAAAUGCAUCUGUUGAUACAAGUGCUCUGUGGAAGCAGAAGGUUCCCAGCGCUAUAGAGGACGGGGAUGUCCGGACCACAGUGCAGAAUGUUCUUGAUGGUGCUGAGGAUGCAUUAUCAAUAUUCUUCAGCAACAAUACUUCAACUCUGCGGAGAAUCAAAACCAACGAGAGGAUCAGAAGGAGAAUAACCGAUUCCUCAAAGGAUGUUAGAUCACUUGUUUUAACUCCAGAACCAGAAGAGAUAUUGAAGGCUGAUGUAGAAACAAAAAGCCCCAGCAAAAAUAAAGAUAUCAUUCAAUGGACCCCACUGAGUUUAUCAGAAUCUAUUCUGAACGGAAGUUGUUUGGGAGCGUCUUUGAUAAACAAUCACAACACUGUAGCAUCCAGUGAAACUAAUGGUGGAACUGUUUUCAACUGCACUGCAGAAAGUAGCCAGACUUUUUCACAGAGUGUAAGACUCGGAUCUUAUCCAGAAGAAGCUGAGCAUCAAAAGACUUUGUUAGACAAAUCACCUGCUUUCAUGUUCACUAGAAAGCCAAGGAAGUUUGUGUAUCAAGUGCCAAGCUCCGAUUUGUCAAAGACUGUAAUUGGACACAAAGCAACUCUACCAGUAUGUUUGGACCAAACUGUCAAAGAAAGUUCCUCAGUGGAAAAGGUGUCAAGUGACCUUAAUGAAUCCAGAUUCGCAAGUGAAUAUGCAAUAAAUAAUCAGACACAGCCACAAGACAUUGAACUGUUAUCUACAGAACCCCAUGAUUUUGACCACGGAUUGGAUAUGACACAGCUUUCCAAAGCAUUUGCAGAGGAUUUCACACAAGAAAUAAGGCCAAAAGGGCUGCUUGAUGUGCCUGUAAAGAAUGACCAAAAUGGCCAAGUGCAACCUAAAGCUGAGCUUGAAGAGAACAAAUUUGGUAAUCACAAUGACAUCUCUGAUUUAGCAGACAUAUCUGUCAACUCCCCAAACAAGUCAACCGUCAUGCUCACAACUUUUGAUAUCAGUCAUGACAGUGGUUGCCCCACCACCUUUUCAGAUUUGGAUGGUAUGACAGCCUCGUGUGCAGACAUCAAGGAGUUUUGUCCUGCUUUUAAAACGGCAAACAAUAAGGCCAUUUCCAUCCCAAGUGAGGCUAUAAUGAGGGCCAAAGCAUCAUUGGCUGAAGCUGCAGGGGAUGGUUUGAGCAUCACUUUAAAUCAGACAACUCCAAAACAUCAAACAAUUGAAACAUUGUGCAAAUCAGUUUCGGGAAGCACUAAUGCAACCAGAUCGCCUGUAGGACAGUUCAUCUUCCCUAACCAUGCAUCAGUAACGUUUGUUAGUGAUGCUCCAAAGAGUGACAGUCCAAAGACUGAAAUAAAUAUUUCAAGUUACUCUUCACCACAGUCAAAUGAAUCUGAUUAUAAAACUGGUUCAAAGAGGAAUAUUACAGCGUCAGAUGUUGGCCUUCAAACAGAGACUCUUUUGAAAGAGAAAUUGAGGAGAGAUUCAUCAAAGUGCAUUCAUCAAAAACCGGAUUUUGAAAGAAGUGCUGAAAGACAGACUGUGUUCGAUAUUAACAGCAUACACAAACCCACUGCAGUGGACUCCAACCGUGAUUAUGUUGAAAAGAAUGGCACUUUGACAGCAUCUCAAAAGGCUGAUGUUACAGAAUUGUGCAAUCUUUUGGAGGAAGCAAAUAGUCAACAUGAAUUUACUCAGUUCAAACCGACAAAUCUUGGCUCAGACAAAAACACUACAGAGAGAGACUGGGAUGCUGAUAUAGUCAAUGACAUCGACUUUGAUGAUAGUUUUAACUGUGAUUUUGUGAAAGGAAAGCAUCCAGUGAAGACAGAUGCUUCUUCAGUAAACAGUUCUGAUCAUAUUCAAAUUGUAGAUGCUGCCAAAUUAUGCACCAUAUCAAAGGAAACACAGAAUGGUAUUGUGCCUUUGUCAGUGACUGAAGACAAUUCUUUAGUUGACGGAAUGAAGAAUGUGCUGUCUAAUUUCACUCACUCAGAUAAUACUCAGUUUCACUCUCUUGGUUUUAAAACUGCUGAAGGGAAACCUAUAAGCAUCUCAGAAAAGAGUUUAAACAAAGCAAGGCACUUUUUUGAAGAGGAUGAUCAAGAAGUCAAGGUGGAUAUUGGAGUAAUAAAAUCAGAGCUUUCUGACAGUAUAAGCACAGAAAGUAAAACCCACAAUGUAAAAGAUGUACAUUUCAGCUCUGUAUAUGGAAAUGCAGCUUGUAAAGAGAUAAAUAAGCAAGUGGCAGGAAAUGCAGAAAUGGAGCAGAAUUGUUUAGGUGAAAAACCAAAAGCUGUUUCUUGGAGUAAAACCUCGAUAAAAAUAAAUCGGCCAGACCCAGUGGUGGUAGAUCAAAUAUCUGAUGGUCCGGAUAUUCCUUCUUUCGACAGUGAGAAUGUCUUCCAAGAACUGAAAUCUACCAAUGAUGCAAAAGAAGUUUGUACAAAGAUUUUUCCCUCAGAAACUUCUGUGCCUCAGUCAGGGCAAGGCUAUGGUUUUCAGACCGCCAGUGGGAAAGGAGUUUCCGUUUCAGCCAGCGCCCUUAAGAAGGCAAAGGACAUAUUCAAAGACUGUGUUUCAAAUAUUGACAGCCGGGAAUCUGCAAAUAUGGAGGGAAAGAAUGACAAACUAGUUGAAAUUAUCGAACAAACAAAUGCAUCAAUUUCAAAUUGUAAAAGUGUUACAUUUUCUGAUGUGGUGGAGGCCAAAACUGUUUUCAGGGACACUGAUUUGAUUAAUGACUUCUCACUGCAGUCCUCUUUGGGCCAGAAACUCCCUCAGGAAAAAGUAUGUGAGCAAAAAGGCCUUCAAAAUGAUUUCUCUAAGUAUCUAUCUGAGUUGCUUCCUCUUAAUGGCAACUGUGGUUUCAGUACAGCCAGUGGUAAGAAAGUAUCCAUCUCAGCUGGAGCAAUACAGAGAGCUAAGGAUGUGUUUUCUGAGUCAGUUGAUGGUUUCUCAUGUGCCAAUGAUUCUCAAAAGACAAAGCAGGUUGUCGAUAACCAAACAGACUCUAAUUCCUCUGGAGAACACAAAGGACUCUGUACAACAGGUGGGAAGAAGGUGGCUGUCUCUGCUACUGGCCUGCAAAGGGAAAAGUUUCUCUUCAGAGAUUGUAAAGAGGAGAAAUUGUCAUCCAAAGAUCUUCAGCACCAAAACUCUAAAGGUUUCAGCGACGUCUCAGAAAAGACCUUCGCAGGUUGCAGUAACAUCCCUUUCAGCCAUGAGCCUGAAACUGGGAAUUCUUUAGGAAAAAAUGUAGGAUUCUCUACAGCAGGUGGAAAGAAGGUGGCCAUCUCUGCCACUGCACUACAGAGGGCCAAGAGUCUGUUUAAUGAUUGUGAAGAGGAGAAUUUAGCUUCUGGGAGUCUUCAGCACCAAGGCUGUAAAGGUUUCAGCACUGCCAGUGGUAAAGAUGUUACUGUCUCUGAAAAUGCACUGAGUGAAGUUAGAGCGGCAUUUGCAGGUUGUGAUGAUGCCUCCGUCAGUCAUGAGCCUACAAAUUCUUCAGGAAACAAUGUAGGAUUCUCUACAGCAGGUGGUAAGAAAGUGGCCAUCUCUGCUUCUGCACUUCAGAGGGCCAAGAGUCUCUUUAACGAUUGUGAAGAGGAAAAUUUAGCUUCUGGGAGUCUUCAGCACCAAGGCUGUAAAGGUUUCAGCACUGCCAGUGGUAAAGAUGUUACUGUCUCUGAAAAUGCACUGAGUGAGGUUAGAGCGGCAUUUGCAGGUUGUGAUGAUGCCUCCGUCAGUCAUAAGCCUACAAAUUCUUCUGGAGACAAUGCAGGAUUCUCUACAGCAGGUGGGAAGAAGGUGGCCAUUUCUGCUACUGCACUUCAGAGGGCCAAAAGUCUCUUUAACGAUUGUGAAGAGGAAACCGUCGCAUCUAAGGAACUUGUAUCAGAGAAAGUCCCACCUCACACUAAGAGUUCUCAAAUAAAAAGUGAGGACAUUGUGGAUGGAAACCUAAAGUUUGAAAAACUAAACAAGAAAAACUGUGGUUUCAGUACUGCUAGUGGUAAAGGUGUGUCUGUAUCAAAAGUUGCCCUUGAGGAAGCUUCUAAAUUAUUCAGAGACUGUGAUGCCCAAGUUACUGCUACUGAUAACCAGCUGCUACAGAGUGAAUUCUCAAAAUUCUGUACUCAACAUAAAGAGAAACAAACCGAAACCACUAUACAUUCUUUGCCAUCCAAAGUAACUCAGAAUGUACCUGCACAACUAGACUUGCACUCUUUGGAUUUUAACAGUUGCACAGACACCCAGCAGAAGUACUUUGAGCAGGAAGCGAUGGCUUGCACUGAAGCUUUACUGGCAGAUGAUGACCUGAAUGAAUCAGCCAAGUUGGUGAUGUCAGAGGGCAGUGAUUACAAAAAAAGUUCAUCUAUUCAUAAUCUACAGACUCAGGGGUCUUUUGACCAGAACAGGAGAAGAAAACGUCAGUUUGAUUCCAGCAGUGUAGCAGAUUCAGGACAGCCUCCUUUUAAAAGACAACUUCUCUCUGAAUUUGACCAGACUUUAGAUGCAAAAUCCUCUGGCCUCACCCCACUAAAAAGUUGUCCGAACGGAACUCUAAAAGACAGGCGUGUCUUCAGAUAUAAUGUCCAUCUCAAGCCGAAUGUCACUGCUCCCGAUUGGCAUCAUGUGGGCGAAAAGUCAAAUGACCUUGAACAACAUUGUUCUACGGUGUCUGUCCAAAACAGACACAACUCGGGCACUAAAGGAGCGGUGUUUGUGCCCCCUUUUCAGAAGGUUUUGAUGACUGGUACAUCAAACUGUCAAAAUGUCUCUAAAGUGUCCAGUAGUUUUAUCUCACCUUUCAAGAAGGAAAACAAAGAAAAAACUGAUCAUUGCAACCAAAUGGACCAAAAGAUGACGACUUCUACAUCACAUAAUGACAGUGUUGCACAAUAUUGUGAUGAGAAGAACCUACAGGAGGGUUUUAAGCCUAAAUCAACCAUUUCAGUGGAAAGUGUAGUGAAAAUUAUGGACUCUGAAGAGAAAGACACUGAGGCAUGGCAGGAGACCUUAAACCUAGCCAGGGAUAUGCAAGACAUGAGGCUGCGAAAGAAGAAAAGGCAGACUAUUCGUCCUCUACCUGGUAGCCUUUACCUUGCUAAGACUUCUGGUGUCCCCAGAAUCAGUCUGAGAGAUGCGGUUGAAUGCAAAUGUCCUGGUCAAUACACACAGGAGGAGCUAUAUCAGCAUGGUGUGCAUCGGGAAGUCUCAAAAAUAACCAGUGAAAAUGCUGAAUCAUUCCGAUUUGACUGUAAUGACUUCUUCAAACGUGAGCUUCUCAUUGAGUCUGGUGCUCUCCAGCUGGCUGAUGGAGGCUGGUUGGUUCCAGACAGUAAGGGUACUGUGGGCAAAGACGAAUUUUAUAGUGCAUUAUGUGACACCCCUGGUGUUGAUCCCAAACUCAUCAGUGAUGCCUGGGUGUUCAACCACUACAGAUGGAUUGUAUGGAAACGGGCCUCCAUGGAAAGAACCUUUCCAGUUUUGAUGGGUAGCCUGUGUUUGACUCCAGAGCAAGUACUUCUGCAGCUGAAAUUCAGAUAUGAUGUGGAGGUGGAUCACAGUCAGAGGUCCGCUCUUAGGAGGAUCAUGGAGAGGGACGACACUCCAGCUAAGACAUUAGUGCUCUGUGUAUGCGGUGUUGCUAAAACUUGUCAAAAUCCAGAGAAGCUAGUCAAAGAUGAAAAAACUCCCAAUGCAAAGAUGGAGUCCUGUGUGAUCUGGCUCACAGACGGCUGGUACUCCAUCAAGGGCCUGUUGGACCCUCCGCUCUCUGCCAUGCUGAACAAGGGUCGUCUCCGAAUCGGUGAUAAGAUUGUUACUAGUGGAGCAGAGUUGGUUGGUUCCCAAGAAGCCUGUUCUCCUCUGGAAGCUCCUGAAUCUCUGAUGCUAAAGAUUUCAGCCAACAGCACAAGACGAGCUCGAUGGGACACUAAGUUGGGGUACUAUCGUGACCCUCGGCCUAUCAGGCUCCCGCUAUCCUCAUUGUACACUACUGGAGGUGUUGUGAGCUGUGUGAACAUUGUGGUGUUGAGAAGUUACCCCACUCAGUGGAUGGAGAAGAAGCCCAAUGGUGUCUUUAUAUUUCGCAAUGAUCGUGCUGAAGAUCGAGAGGCCAGAAAACACAGCACCUCAAAGCACAAAUCCAUGGAUCUCCUUAUUUCUAAAAUACAGACCCAGUUCGAAAAAGAAAUGGAAGGUAAAACGAAAAGUCACUGCCAAAGGAGGACAUUUAGUCGACAUGAGAUUGAAGCUCUGCAGGAUGGGGAAGAUUUAUAUGAGGCAAUGGAGCGGGAUCCUGCUGUUGAGACCCAUCUAAGUGAGAGGCAGAUGGAGGCGGUGAGUAAGUACAGGCGGUGUCUCGGGGAAAGGAGUCAGGCGGAGCUGCAGGAGCGUGUGCAGAAGGCUGUAAUGGAAGCCCAGGAGGCUGAGGGUGGGUGUCCCAAUCGAGAUGUCACUCCUGUUUGGAAGCUCAGCAUUACUGACGCCAGUGACCUGCAGAACGACCGUGUUUACACGCUAAACAUCUGGCGCCCAUCGCGGGACUUGUAUGGCUUGCUAAGGGAGGGCCACAGAUACAGGGCGUAUCACCUCGCCACAUCUGAGGGGAAGAAACGCUCAGGCAUUGCUCACAUCCAACUCACUGCCACCAAGAAAACACUCUUUCGGGAUAUUGAGGUGUCUCCAGAGUGGUUGCAUCAGCAUUUCCUUGCUCGAGAGUGCGUACGCUUCAGAGAACUUCAAAACCCUCAAUUCAGCUCUCCUUGUGGGGAGGUGGACAUUGUGGGAUAUAUUGUCUCCAUAGUGGGCAAACAAGGAAAUUGCCCGGUACUGCAUCUUGUGGAUGAGAACUUUGAUCUGGUCUCUGUGAGAACCUACAGUAGUCUGGAGCAUUUGGCUAUAGAAGAGCUGGUAAAGCCUCAAGCACUGAUUGCUCUUAGUAAUCUUCAGGUGAGACCGCUCUCUGGGCCUGUGCCAAGCCUUUAUGCAGGAGAACAAGCGCUAUUCUCCAUAAACCCCAAGGAAUCCCAUCUGCAAGAAGCUAUGGCCAAUCUGAAGACUUUUGUUCAGACUUGUGAGCAGUUUUUCAGCAUUGCGGAGGAGAAGGUCUCAGAUGUGGUUCCUUCAAGUGUCUUGGGUUGUUUUCAGUCUCCAAGAACUCCUGGUGUGCAGUCUAAUCCAAAAAUUAAUGGCAGGGUAACCCCGCAGCAGAAUAGCAGCAGUUUCUCGCCUUUCACUCCACUGAAUAGAAGAACACCUGUAUCUGCAAAUAACAGUGAGGGAAAAGACCCCAAAAACUUGAAAAGAAGACGAGGUUUGGACUACUUGUCACGUAUCCCGUCCCCUCCACCCCUCACCCCUCUGAAAACCAGAGCUUCUCCCUGCGUUAACAAGACAUUUAAUCCCCCACGGAGAUCUGCGACUCCCAAACCUCCACAGAACGAGCCACCCGGAGCCUCACGUCCCCCAACAGGAGAGGAGACUUGGGUGAAUGAUGAAGAGCUGGUGAUGAUUGACACCCAGGCAUUACUGGAAGGGCUAAGGGAAGGCUGAUAGGAAAAGUGAGACUCUUCUGAUGAAACACUAAGUGAGUAAAGACACAAGAAUGAAUCCAACAUUCAAGGCAUUGAGAACUAUGGGUAAUGCAGGUACUGUUCGUACUGUGUUGGCAGAGAAAGCAAGGUUAACUGGUUUACUGUGGUUCUCUGACAGUAAAUGAUGUGCAAGGGAUGCACCUUUUUACAACUGCUGCAAUCAUUUUUAAAAUUCUUUCUUGUACUUGAUUGUACUAUUAAAGUACUGAAGUUAGUCAUGUUUAGUGGCAAAAGUAUAUGUAAAGUAUGUACAAAUGAUUUAUAUAUUUUAAUUUUUAUUAAAAGAUGUUAAAAAAUUGGUGACAUUCAUGACAUUUGCAAAGACAUGCACUAUGUGCAAUUAAAACAAACUCCUGAUAAUACUGAAAGUAUUAAACUUUUGAGCUUAACAUGCA